AUGGAUGUGGACGUGGACAUGGACGUGGACGUGGACAUGGACGUGGACGUGGACAUGGACGUGGACGCGGACGUGGACGUGGACGUGGACAUGGACGUAGACAUGGUCGUGGACGUGGACAUGGACAUGGACGUGGACGUGGUCGUGGACGUAGACGUGGACGUGUACGUGGACGCGGACGUGGACGUGGACAAGGACGUGGACGUGGACGUGGACGUGGACGUGGAGGACUUGGACGUGGACGUGGACGUGGACGUGGACGACUUGGACGUGGACAUGGACGUGGACAUAGACGUGGACAUAGACGUGGACGUGGACGUAGACAUGGACGUAGACGUGGACGUGGACGUAGACGUGGACAUGGACGUGGACGUGGACGUGGACGUGGACGUAGACAUGGACGUGGACGUGGUCGUGGACGUGGACGUGGACGUGGACGUGGACAUGAAGGUGGACAUGGACGUGGACAUGGACGUGGACGUGGACGUGGACGUGGACAUGUACGUGGACGUGGACGUGGACGUGGACCUGGUCCUGGACGUGGACAUGGACGUGGACGUGGACAUGGACGUGGACGUGGACGUGGACGUGGACGUGGACAUGGACAUGGACGUGGACAGUGCAAAUGACAUGGACGUGGUCGUGGACGUGGACGUGGACAUGGAUAUGGACAUGGACGUGGACAUGGACGUGGACGUGGACAUGGACGUUGACGUGGACAUGGACGUGGACAUGGACGUGGACGUGGACAUGGACGUGGACGUGGACGUGGACGUGGACAUGGACGUAGACGUGGACGUGGACGUGGACGUGGACGUGGACGUGGUCGUGGACGUGGACGUGGACGUGGACGUGGACGUGGACGUGGACGUGGAAUUGGACAAGGACGUGCACGUGGACGAAGACAUGGUCGUGGACGUGGACGUGGACGUAGACAUGGACGUAGACGUGGACGUGGACGUGGACAUGGACGUGGACCUGGUCGUGGACGUGGACGUGGAGGAACAUGGACGUGGACGUGGACAUGGACAUGGACGUGGACGUGGACGUGGACGUGGACGUGGACGUUGA